CAGAGUCUAAGCAGUCAAAAAAACUCAUUGACAUUGAGAGCGACACAGAUUCAUAGAACAACAGACAGGUCUUGUUGCUGCACAUCGUGGGAUGGUCCGUGCAUCGGCCCGUGCCUCUGAUUGGCUAGCAUCACGCUCACGUGGCAGUUGAAGUUGCAACCGCGACGCGAUUCUUCUUCGUCUCUUCCCCCCACCACCAACCACCUCGCGUUCCAAGAGCCUGCAGUAUCAGCAUGACUUCCAUAGCCUCAGUCACCCGUCAAAUUGCGGCUCUCGACAUCAACAAGAAAACCACCGCAACGAAACCGACCGUACUGUCAAAACAACCAAGCCAAACGAACGUGGCUAAACUAUUAACUAAAUUCGCCGCGCCGAACCCAUCUACUAACUCCGCAAAACCGAAACCCAUAACGCACUCUGCCUUGCGAAACAUGACGGCAGAGAAACCGGCAACACCUGAGAUUGACAUUGGGAGUUAUGAUGGUGGAUUGGAACUCGAGAAUGAGAAGAGAGGAGAGGCUGUAUCCGGAGAUGCUGCGAGGGAGCUGGCAUUAGAUUCCAGUGUGGCACGGAACUCGCCCACUCGAGAAUGGACACUAAACUCUUUCGACAUGGGCCGCCCUCUCGGGAAAGGCAAAUUCGGUCGUGUCUACAUGGUUCGCACCAAAGCCGAACCACACUACAUCAUCGCCCUCAAGACCCUCUACAAGUCCGAAAUUGUUCAAGGACGUGUCGAGAAGCAGAUCCGCCGGGAGAUUGAAAUUCAGCAGAACCUACGGCAUCCCAAUGUCUUGCGUCUCUAUGGCUAUUUCCAUGACGAGAAACGUAUAUUUUUAAUGCUCGAGUUUGCCGGAAAGGGAGAACUUUAUCGGCAACUGAGCAAGCACGGCCGCUUCAGUGAGAAGAGAAGCUCACGGUACAUCGAUCAGAUGGCGGACGCGUUGAUGUACUUGCAUGGCAAACAUGUCAUCCAUCGGGACAUCAAGCCUGAGAACCUCCUCUUGGGCUUGAAUGGGGAGUUGAAAAUCGCGGACUUUGGGUGGAGUGUACAUGCUCCAGGAAAUCGACGCAAGACAAUGUGUGGAACACUGGACUAUCUUCCCCCAGAGAUGGUCGAGAGCAAGGACCAUAACGAACGGGUAGACCAUUGGGCAUUGGGUGUACUGACCUACGAAUUCUUGAACGGUAACCCGCCGUUCGAGGACCAGAGUAGCGUGAACAAUACCUAUCGACGGAUAGCCAACGUCGACCUUCGUUUCCCGCCUGGCAUGUCACCGGAAGCACGAGACCUUAUUGCGAGACUUCUUCAACAUGACCCACAGAAGCGACUCCCUCUGGUGGACGUGCUUCGGCACCCUUGGGUCGUCAAGUAUAGACCCAAGGGUAGCACGAGGGGCAGUGGGCUGGGUCAGAAUUGAUUGUACACGUUUCAUGUACUAAUAUAUUUAGGGUAUUGUUACUGGCCUAUCACAGAAAUCUGUCAAUUUUACACGCUUAUACCGUUCAUGACAAG